GGUUCAACGGGGGCCUCAAACACCGCCUGUACCGUCUUCGGCCAACCCAAUCGGAUGGUGCCACGUCACCAUUAAAAAAACGUAAAACCCGAAGUUUUGUCAGCACUCGCUCGCUGACCAUCUCGCUCUCACUCUCCAGUCUCACAGUCAGAUUCUCAGUCAAGCCAAGCAUGGCGGCCACGAGAGCCGUUGCCGUAGCGAGCAACGCCAACGCCUCUUGCUUGCUCUUCAAGAAGCCGUUCCUCUUGAAACAUGCGCCUUACAGCAACAGCCUUUGUUUCAAGAACCUGAGGGUAGCGUCGGUUAAGAGGUUGCUUACUUGUAGUGCUAUUUACAACCCCGAGGUUCAGAUCAAAGAGGAGGGUCCGCCCGAAACCCUAGACUACAGGCUCUUCUUCUCUGACAGUUCUGGCAAGAAGAUUUCCCCUUGGCAUGAUAUUCCACUGCACUUGGGAAACGGUGUUUUCAACUUUAUUGUUGAAAUCCCCAAAGAAUCAAGUGCAAAGAUGGAGGUUGCCACUGAUGAGCCAUACACUCCCAUAAAGCAGGAUACAAAAAAGGGAAAGCUUCGAUACUAUCCAUACAAUAUAAAUUGGAAUUACGGAUUGCUUCCACAAACAUGGGAAGACCCAUCCUUUGCCAACUCUGAAGUUGAGGGGGCAUUGGGGGAUAAUGAUCCAGUUGAUGUCGUUGAGAUUGGUGAAAGUCAGAGAAAGAUUGGCCAAAUUCUUAAAGUCAAGCCCUUGGCGGCUUUGGCCAUGAUUGAUGAAGGUGAGCUUGACUGGAAGAUAAUUGCAAUUUCGUUGGAUGAUCCAAGAGCUUCUCUUGUGAAUGACAUCGAUGAUGUUGAGAAGCAUUUCAUGGGAACUCUCACUGCAAUUAGGGAUUGGUUCAGAGACUACAAGAUUCCUGAUGGAAAACCUGCUACCAAGUUUGGUCUUGGAAACAAGGCAGCUAACAAGGAUUAUGCUCUUAAAGUCAUCGCUGAAACUAACGAGUCCUGGGCUAAACUUGUCAAGAGAUCGGUUCCUGCUGGAGAGCUUUCACUUGUGUAAAUACAUUGGCAGACUGCAAGUGGGUGUGCUACAGUGGCGGGGUGUUCACCUGGAGGCAGAUCCUGGUACCCUGCUAUACCCGGAUCCGCCCCACCCCCCGGAUGAACACCCUUAAAAUUUGCUUUUCAGUUUCUGUAAGUACACAUUCCUACUUGAUGGGAAAUUGAGAAGAAGCAAGUAAUAUAAGAAGCCAAUACUGGAUCCCUC